AUGGAGACGACCCGAGCCUUCCUCCCCCUCUUGCUCCUCUUCCUAAGUGUGUGUGUGCACAGUUGCCAUGGAAACUCUCGUCUGACCCCCAGAGUGUAUCUGUCUUACAAAGAGCUUCUGGAAACGAGGACCAUUCGGCCAUUCAGCUUCUCCUUUAACACCAGCGACUACCGGAUACUCCAUAUGGAUCAGGACCAGGGUCGUCUUUACCUGGGUAGCUGUGAAUAUGUAGUCUCGCUGGACAUGCAGAACAUCAACAAGGAGCCUCUCAUUAUCCACUGGCCUGCUACUACCCAGAGAAAAUCUGAGUGCAAGAUGGCAGGGAAAGGAGGGCAUGGAGAGUGUGCCAACUUUGUGCGCCUGAUUGAGCCGUGGAACAGGACUCAUCUGUACACGUGUGGCACUGGAGCGUACAAACCCAUUUGCACCUUCAUAAACAGAGGCUGGAGAGCUGAGGAAUACCUCUUUCGACUGGUACCUGGCUACGUGGACUCUGGUAAAGGAAAGUCUCCCUAUGACCCACGGCAGGAAAACGCAGCCGCUCUUAUCAAUGGGAACCUGUAUGCUGGAGUGCAUGUGGACUUCAUGGGCACAGAUCCAGCUAUCUUCAGGACUCUAGGAGACAGGCCUGCUGUGAGGACAGAACAAUAUGACUCUCGAUGGCUCAAUGAGCCUGUGUUUGUGAAGAUACAGAAGAUUCCAGAUAGUACAGAAAAGAAUGAUGACAAGCUAUAUUUCUUCUUUCGGGAAAAGAGUUUGGAUGCAGCAGGUGGCAGCACCCCCAGUGUGUUAGCCAGGGUGGGCAGAGUCUGUCUGAAUGAUGAUGGAGGACAAAGGUCCCUGGUAAAUAAGUGGACAACUUUCCUGAAGGCUCGUCUGGUCUGCUCCGUAAUCGGCUCUGAUGGGGUUGAAACUUACUUUGAUGAACUAAGGGAUGUCUUUAUUCAGAGGACUAAUGAUGAGCGCAAUCCCACUGUGUACGCUCUGUUCUCCACUGCUGGCUCUGUGUUUAAAGGAUCAGCAGUGUGUGUGUACUCCAUGUCUGACAUCAGAAACGUCUUUAAUGGGCCCUUCUCUCAUAAACAUGGGCACAACUAUCAGUGGACUCCUUACACUGGAAAAAUCCCUUACCCUCGGCCAGGAACAUGCCCUGGAGGAACAUUUACUCCUGGUCUCCACAGCACCAAAUCCUUCUCUGAAGAAGCUGUGAACUUUGUGCGGGCUCACCCUCUAAUGUACCAUCCCAUAUACCCAACACACAAGCGCCCCCUGGUGGUGCGAUCCGGAGUGGAUUAUCGUUUCACCACCAUUGCUGUGGACAUGGUGGAUGCUGUGGAUGGGAGAUACGAGGUGCUCUUUCUGGGAACAGACAAAGGAACGGUUCAAAAAGUGAUUGUUCUGCCCAAAGAUACCAGCACAACAGAGGAGCUUAUUCUUGAAGAAGUGGAAGUUUUCAGGACUCCAGCACCAGUAAAAACUUUGAAGAUUUCCAAUAAAAGGCAACAGCUGUACGUGUCAUCAGAGCGAGGCCUUACCCAGGUAUCUCUGCACCGAUGUGAUGCGUAUGGAAAAGCCUGUUCAGACUGCUGCCUGGCUAGAGACCCCUACUGUGCCUGGGACGGAGAAAGCUGCUCCGCUUUCACUCCCGCCACUAAGAGGAGAAGCAGGAGACAGGACAUCAAACAUGGAGACCCAUUACGUCAGUGCAGGGGCUUCAACUCUAAAGUAGAGAAGCGUCUGAGAGAGACUGUGCAGUUUGGCGUGGAGGGCAGCAGCACAUUUUUGGAAUGCCAGCCUAGGUCUCCUCAGGCUACGGUAAAGUGGAUGUAUCAAAAGGACGGCAGACGCAAAGCACUCAGCCGUGAUAAAGAGGUCCUAAAGACAGCUCAUGGCAUCCUGCUCAAAUCUCUCAGCCAAUCAGACGCUGGCCUCUACCACUGUCAGGCGACAGAAAACAAUUUCAAGCACACGGUGGCGCGUGUGGCACUGCGCAUCCUUGACCGUGAGAUUGUGGAGGCCCUGACAGCCCCGGACGGCCCCUCCGAACCUGAGCGUCAUCACCAGCAUGAUCAGGAGCCCCACCCACCUCCUUUACCAUCCCCACACCAAACCCCUCCACCCAUUUCCCAGCUCCACCCACAGCCUGAAGUGACACUGAUCAACCAAUACUGCCAGUCCUACUGGAACCAGCCCCACAAGCCCAAGCGCACUAACCGCAGGCACACGGAGAGGCAGGAAGCUGAGGAGCUGCAGGUUCAGUGAAUAAGUUCUAACUGUAAAUAUUAGCAGAGUCACUUUUUGGUCACGUUCCUUUUGUGAGCAGGAUAGGUGAAAGACUGUUUUUAAACUAAUUAAAAGUUCAU